GGCAUGAUAAGACGAUUAUACCCACCGUGUCUGCGCUCUCCCUUGGUUUCUGUCGGAAUAAAACGAUACUCAACUAUGGCUCCCGUACCAGUUGCAGAAAUUGGGGAGGAAUUGAGCGGGAAGUAUAGGCCUUAUUUGCUUCCUAAGGAGGAGGCGGAGAAGGAUUGGAUCUCCGAGUUGGAACUUGAUACUGUGGAAGGAAUUUCAAGGGAGCAUUUGCAGAGGGGGGAAAGCCCAUUGAAAAUUAUGGUGCUUUAUGGGUCUUUGAGGGAGAGGUUUGUCCUCGCUGAUAUGGUUGAGUGGGAGGUGGAUGGGAAGUGCUGAUUGAGUGAAAAGAUCGUAUUCGAGGUUUAUGGCAUACGAGGCUUGUCGGAUAUUGCAUCGUUUAGGGGCUGACGUGAGGGUAUUUGACCCGAAGGGGCUACCAAUGAAGGAUGACGUAUCAAUGGACCACGAAAAAGUUCAGGAGUUACGGGGGUUGAGCGCUUGGAGCGACGGACAAGUGUGGUGUUCGCCCGAGCAGCAUGGGACAGUAGUAUGCCUCCUAACCCCCUCCGCCCUCUUCCUCCAGCAACAAACUAAUGCCCCCCCCUAGGCAGCAGUAUUCAAGAACCAGAUAGACUGGAUACCCCUCACCACUGGCUCUGUCCGCCCAACUCAAUCCCGAACCCUCUCCAUAAUUCAAGUGAAUGGCGGCAGUCAAUCCUUCAAUACAGUAAACUGGCUGCGCAUUCUAGGCCGGUGGAUGCGCAUGUUCACGAUACCAAAUCAAUCGAGCUUGCCAAAAGCGUAUACUCAAUUUAGCGACGAGGGGAGACUAUCAGCGAGCGGAAACCGGGACAGACUGGUGGAUUGUAUGGAGGAGUUGGUGAAGUAUACUUGGGUUAUGAGGCCGCAUUUUGAGAGUUGGGGAGACAGGUUUAGUGAGCGAAAGGAGAGGAGAGAGAAGGAUGAGAAGAAAGCGAGGGAGCAGAGGGAGAGAGAAGAGAGCGAAUGGGUGGAGAAGCAGAGGGUGGAGGUGGAAGCAGUUAAGGGGGAGGGGACGGAGAUUGUGGUUGCGGUAUAGGAUUGUAUCGUGUCAUAGUUUGGGAGUGUUUGGUGUUGGGGCGGUGCUAGGUAUCGUAACAUCUUCGCUUGUUAGAAAAUAGAUACCAAAUAUUACCUG